GUUAAGUGUAACCUGUACAACCUUUCAAAAAAAAAAAAAAAAAGUGUAACCUGUACAAGCUGAGUCUUUCGGCCCGGGCGAUUCUUCAUCUUCUCCUUCCGUAGAUCGAUUGGUUUCUGGGCGCAAUUUCUGGUACUAUUUUUAUUUCACUUCUCUUUCAUAAUCUGCUGAUUUCCUCGGAUCGCUUCUGUGUUUUAUCGUCGGAUAUAAGAUCCUUCCAUCUGAUUUCUGUGCCUCCACCAAUGAAGGAGAAUCGACGUUUCCUCCAUCCCUAAACAUAAUUACACUGCUGAAACUUUGGAUCAGAGGUGGCGAGAUGGCCUUUCAAUAAGUCAUGUUCUGAUUCAUGUUUGCGCGGAGGCGAGAGGUGUUUCUUUCUUUGAGAGAUGGGAAAUUGGGAUUUUCUAGCUCUCAUUUUUGGUUCGGGAGCUAGUCAAUACCUUUUCGUGUUUGGAAGAUAUAGCGCUGUGAGUCUGUGCCUAAUGAUACCGAGGUGAGGCGGUGUGGGGUUUGGACUUAUAACCUACUUAGAAAAUUCGUUAGGGCUGAGAUUGUUCUGGAACUGGAAGGGUGCAAGUGCUGCUCGGUUGUAGCUGUGGCUGUUAUACACACAAGAAUCGAUUAAUGCCAAUUCUGGGUACAGCAUGUCUUUUGGUGGUCGGUUAUCUGUUUUUCUGUGAUAUCUUAUGUGGGGUUCAAUCGAUUUAACAUUUGAGGACAGAGAUUGUAAAGAGAGCUCAGGAAGUGAAGACUAGAGAGAUACACAUAAAAGGAGGAGGUCAGUAUUGGAAAUGGCUUCAGUGGUGAAGGGUGUGGUGAAUGCUAUCAAAGAGAAAGGCGUUGGUGGCUUCUUGCGCGAGCUGAGGGGAGAAGGCUACUUGAAGUGUAUUUUGGAUGGGAACCUUCUGCAAACCAAAAUCCAUAAUAUAGGGGCAACAGUGGUUGGGGUCGACAAAUUCGGCAACAAGUACUAUGAGAAGCUUGGAGAUACCCAAUAUGGGAGGCACCGUUGGGUUGAAUAUGCAGAGAAAGGUCGAUAUAAUGCUUCUCAGGUGCCACCAGAAUGGCAUGGUUGGCUUCAUUUUAUAACUGAUCACACUGGAGAUGAGCUUUUGAUGUUGAGGCCAAAGAGAUAUGGCGUGGCUCACAGGGAGAAUCUCUCUGGAGAAGGUGAAGAUCAGAUUUACCACUCUAAAGGACAUGCACUCAACCCAGGGCAGAAAAACUGGACUAGGUACCAGUCCUGGGAACCAGCAAAGAAAGAGUAAUAAUCUGAAGAUUCCAGAUUCUGGUAAAUUUGGAAAUCCAGAGUGUUGCGGUCCAAUUCCCAUCAAUAAGUGCAUUGGAACUUGUCUUGUGUGUUGCAUAGGGCAUUUGGUUAGCUCUUAAAAGACACAGUUGACAUAAGCCCAUAUGAAUACAUCGUCAUGGUAUUAUGCUGGUUGAUGUUUGGUUCCUGUAAUAUCAGAAAGCUGUCAAAAUUGUUUCACUGGUGAAAGAUAUGGUACGGAAUGCAAAAUGCUUUUUUGUUUUCAUUGUCUAUGGAAAUGUCAUAGAGAAUAUGAGCCCCUGAUAUGCAUGCAUGCAUGCUGGAACAUCGAUCCUUUCUCAGGAAGCUGCAUCUAAAGUGCAAAUGCGUGGGUGCCCAUUUCGCAUCUUCUCU